AUGGGCAAACCGGAGGAAGCUCUGACCGACUUGAAUCAAGCCAUCUCACUGAGCAACGGUGUUGGAAGAAGUGCUUGCCAAGCAUUUGUACAGCGAGCUAUGAUUCACAGGCUACGAGGUGACGACGACUCAGCCAGGGCCGAUUUUCAAAAAGCUUCGGAACUUGGAUCGUCAUUCGCCAAGAUGCAAAUGGUCGCCCUCAAUCCAUAUGCCGCCAUGUGCAACAAAAUGCUAAGCGAAGUGUUCGAGCAAUCUCAAGCAAGGAAAACCGACCGAUCAAUAAACCUGACAGCAUAA